AUGGCGGACUCCAAGGACGCAACCGCGCCGACCGGUGGACCUCCGAAUCCGAACCCGCCCCUCCGGACCCGGUUCAAGCCCUUGGAUAUCCCUAUCCUCAAGCAUCUCCGAUCGCAACGCGUCAUCCUAGCUUCUGCGUCGCCUCGGAGAAAAGCACUACUUGCUCAGAACGUCGACAAGAAAACCCACAGCCCCGCCGAGUACGUCGCCGCCACCGCCGUGCAAAAGUGCCUCGACGUCUACGAGGCCGCCGUCAACGCCCAGUCCACCGCCACCGCCACCGCCGACACCCGGCCCUCGGACCCAGCCCUCGUCAUCUCCGCCGAUACCGUCGUCGUCUCCCGCGACGGCCGCAUCCUCGAGAAGCCCCGAGACCGCGCCGAUCACAUUCGCAUGUUACGCCACUUGCGCGACACCCGCGUCCACAGCGUCCUCACCAGCGUCUGCGUCCUAGCUCCCCGCGAGGACGCCCAGCACCCGGGCUACGUCCUCGAGACCCAUACCGAGGAAACCAAGGCCUAUGUUUCCACCGGCGAGGGCAUAGACAAGGCUGGCGGAUACGCCGUCCAGGGCAUCGGCGGCAUGUUGCUGGUAGAGAGGGUUGAUGGAAGCGUGGAUAACGUGGUCGGUUUACCAGUCAGGCAGACUUUGGCGCUCGCCGAGAGAGUGGUCUUUCGACAAGAUGACGAUGGAGGUGAUGAUGACGAGUAG